UCACGCCGCCGCGUCGCCGCACGCAGCCGCACUGCCGCACUGCAGCGGCGGGGCCGGCGGCGCUGGAGCUCGGGACUGGCACAGUGACGGCCGUCGGCCUCUAUCCUUGCGCUCUCCAUCUUCGUAUUCGAGGACAGCUUCUCCCCUACCGGCCAAGAUCUCAGAGUGCUUGGGUGACACAAUUGCUCAGGAUAGAAGCAUCCUCACGACAAGAGCAUCCUCCAUCAUGACAUCCGUGCUCACGAGGAUUAUGUGAGGUAAUCUAUAUAUUUUUAUUUUGAUAAUGUAUGGUUUCAUAAUUCCACACAUCUUGUAGGUUUGUGGACUCAAGUGGUCAUAUGACAAUCGUUAGCGGCUUUCUUGCAUCUGAUGGCAAUGACAACAAAGCAGCAGCACCAAAUCUAUAACGUAGGUACUUGCCUCCCUGCACGCAAUCAAAUUUUCCUCAUUCUUUUUAUUUCUCCAUGAAACCAUCUUUCUUGGAUCCUAUGGACUCAUGACAUGGAGUAAGAUGUAAUGUCUAUUUCGAUAUGAAGCUUUGUGCUUUUCGGUGGGCAGAGGAUGAGAGUCUUUCUGUGUAUUGCUGGUGCGUCCACGCACAUCGUGGUGACGAACAGACGGGGAUGUUGAAGAAGGGAACCGGCUCCUAUCUGCUGCUCCUAUUUGUCAUCUGUAGGCUACAUUCUAGCAGUACAUGAAGAGAAAUAAUGAGGUGCCUCUGGAGGGAUGGUGUGUGUUGGCUCUGGGCUGCAUGGAAUCAUGGGGAGGUUUAGUCAACUGGUUGUUAUUUUGGGGAGGUUUAGUCAACUGGUUGUUAUUUUGGGGAGGUUUAGUCAACUGGUUGUUAUUUUUCAUCAUCUAAAUUAUUUUGUGAGACAAAGGAAGCAACAAUGUAGAUGAAUUUUGUCCGAGCUGAACAAUACCAUGUAUUAACUCCAGAUUGUUCUCGAUAACUUACCUUAGAAUUCUUUCUGCUAAAUUUCUAUUUUCCUUGGACCUUUCCAAGCUGAAUUAAAUUCCUUUUCUAGGUCGUUUCAUUCUUAUCGCAAAUGUUGGUUGAACAUAUAACUUAUGGGUACUCUCGUAGUGGUGGUGGCAACAUUCGGAUGAUCUAAGAUUAAGGCAAACAAAUUGAUGAACAACAAGGAAUCAGUGGCGGGUGCAUCAUCGAUGGUGCGCGCCAAAUGAAGAACAUAUCAACUAUCCGCUCAGCCUCCUUUCCCCACUCCUGUCCAGCAAGAACCCGUAGCAUCUAUUCAUUUGAUUGGUCGGAGGAUGAGACACUAUCACCCAUGACGACAUCUCUGAAAUUAUGAUUGGAGAUGAUCAGGAUGGUGAAAUCUCACUCAGUUACGGUGCUACUCCGGUGUGGCAGGGAUAGGGCUCGACUCUGAUGAUCCCCUGCCUGGUCACUAGGAACGGUUCUGCUCCCGUUGUUCUUAGGGUUGUAUCCUGCUCCGGCGGUGGCAUGCUCCUUUGCUCCCAAGGAUAUGUGUAACCUUCAUUGCUGAGGCAGAUUGACUCUUGUGCCUCUGCCUUCUCCAAGUGCCGGGGGCGCAAGGCAAGAUCACGGCCAUGGAACCUCAUAAGCUGCGCUUUGUUAGAUGCCCCAGAUGCAACCAGCUUCUUGUUGAGUACCCCUCAAUUCCAGUUUACAAAUGUGGUGGCUGCGGCACUGUUCUCAGAGCGAAACAUCGAGCUGUGCCUGUAGCGCAAGAGGGCUCGGGAUCUGAUCAGUGCAACAGCUUUCCAAAUAGCCUGCAAGGAUCUCCUCAGAGUAGCAAAUCAAUUUGCUCUGACGAACAGAAAGCUGCCUCCACUGUUGAUCACUCUCGUGAAGCCAUGGUUGAUGGAAGCAUACCCUCGACUAUUGACAAAAUCGACCCCUGCAAGGGUGCAAUUCCCAAACGAGCAAAGUCUGCAGCAGACACUUUAACCCGUGAUGAGGAUCUGAGUGAGGAAGCAGGCUCCCUAAUUGAUGGGAACAUCCAAAACUCAGAAGAGGAUAUGGUCAAGGAGAUACAUGGCAAAGACAGUGGAGCUGACACUAGCUCAAAUUUGACUGAAAAACUUGGAAACCUUGACACAAGUGAAAAUCCAAAUGGUGGCAAAGUAGAUGGUUUUUCCACUAGUGAUGUGAGUACACUGAAUGGGAAAACUGAAGUUAUUCACAAGGAGGAGAGGCUACAAUCAUAUGAAGGCAUGCAAGUUGAAUCUCAUGAAGCCCUGAUUGAAGAGUUGGAGAGGUCACUUUCAUUCAGUAGUGACGAUGAAUACUUUUCGGAUGAAGCAGAAAACGUUGGGCUUAGUGACACUUUACGUAAUCAGAUGGGUAGCCGCAGAUUUAUGCUAGGGGUCAAAGCGAAUGAUGCCUCCCGGAAUGACCCACAUGGUCGGUUGAUUGAGGAACUAGAGAUGUCUUUCAGCGAUGCAGAAGAGCCAAUGGAGCAGCAUGCUAUUCUUGUAGAGAGAGUUCAUGGAAAUGUGCAUGAUAUGCAUCCACAGAACCUAGGUGCUGAAAGUGCACAUCCAUGUGAAGAAAGCUUCUCAUCAUUAGACAAUGGACAUCUCAAAUACAAACAAACUUGUCAUGAAGAAAUCAGGCUUAUAGGUAAUGACCACAAAGUAAAGGAAGAGUGCAAUACUGAAAAAAACAGUACUGUCAACCAUGCAGCAGAGGACAUUGCAAAUAGUUCUAGUGAGAGUGCCAAGGAUUGGCAAUCCAUUGACGUUGAAAUUGCAGAUCCAUGUGAAGUGAGCGCCUCUUUAUUUGUUGACGGCAAUAUCAAAGAUAAUAGUAAUGAUGCGAUGGAAGAGUGCCAUAUGGAAGAUGACAGUACGACCAACCGUGUUAAUGGGAAUGCACAUAUUAUGCUUGCAGAUGAGGACAUUGUAGAGGUAUCUCAUGAAAAUGGUAAGGAUCAGCAAUUCAAAGACGCUGAAAGUGUUCAUCCCUUUGAAGGAAAUGUCUCUUUGAUUGAUGAUGGGAAUGAAAAAUUGAAGCAAAGUUUGCAACGAAAUGACCUGAUAGCAGUUGUCACUCAAGAAACAGAAGAGUGUUGCAUGGAAGAUGAAAACGCGAACAGCUAUGUUCAUGGUAUUGAGAAUCUGGUGAUUUCAAAUGACGACAUUUCAGAUAGACCAUGUGGUAAUGAAGGGCUAAUGGCAAAUUGUCGUUCUGGGAGCCAUAUGGAAAAUGAUAAUAUGGCUAACACUGUUGAUGCGAAUAAGAAUGUGGCAGCUGCAGAUGACCACAUUGUAGAGAGAGUUGAUAAUAAUGAAGCCUCUCUUCAUUCAGGUGAUAUGGCUAACACUGAUGGUAAGGAUCAGCAGUCCCUGGAAGCUGAAGGUACAGAUCUAGUUGAAGAAGUCUUCUCUUCACUUAACACAGGACAUAUCAAAUCUGAACAUUGUCUUCAACAAAAUGAGCUAAUAUCUGAUGGCACUAAAGAAAAGGAAGAGGCUGAUAUGGAAGACAGCAAUGCAAGUGCAACUGUUGCCAGAAUUUCAAGCUGGUCAUACAAGAGGACGCAAAACAAAGUACCUAGCUUUAAUAAGAACAAAGAAGAUAUAUCCUAUGGAUAUAAAGCUAGUCAACUUCGCCAGGGACUGUCUCAUGAUUCUGAAGACUUCAAGUCAAUUCAAAACUUUAGCGAGUCGCAAAUUGAUGGUACCUCAAGUUCUCGUUCAAGUGGGUCUCCAAAUCAUGGGGUUUUGGUCCACAGGACGUCAACCAAAUUCAAUAAUAUUGUUAGACAUGAGCGCCUCAAAAAGAUGGAUGAACUAAGAGAUCAGCUAAGUAGGCUUUCUAGUGAGAAAAUCUCAGAGAAAAGUUAUCAGAAGAGAGACCCAAAAUACCAGCAACAAUCCAAUAGCUGUGAGAUUGAGCAGCAUCUCCCAAGCGUUGAUGGUGAUUCCAUUCGAAGCUCCCGUGCUCUAGAAUCCUAUUAUGGUCAUGGAAGGCCACCAAGGUACCAACCAUCCAAUUCUUUCUCACCAACCCAUACGUACCCACACUAUCAUUUUGGACAAGCCCAAGCACGCAUACCUCACAACUAUGACCCGUGGGAGUUCAAUUCAUAUUAUCAAUCAUCAUAUGCGGAAAGCACAAUUCUUGACUACGAGUCACUUAGAUCAAGCUACAAGGAGCACAAACGAGUGGUGAGAAAGCAUAUUUUGCGGCCUCUGUCAUGUGCUUCCCCAUACACUAUCUGCAACAGCUGUUUCAAUUUGGUUCAAAUGCCAUCAGAUAUCUACGUAUCAAAGGCCAAGAUUGGCAAAAUGCAGUGUGGUAAAUGCUCCAAGGUCCUUGCGGUAUCAUUUCCUUCAGUACCUCAGGCACAUGCAAAGAUCAGCAUGGAUGUGGUCCAACAGUCAUACAACCCUGAUUGCACAAUCCCAACAAAUGAGGAUAUUACUUCUUAUUAUGCUGAGUGCCUAACAGGGGGUCCUGUUAGUACCAGUGAAGAUUAUGGAGCAUCAUACACAAGAAGCUUGCCUACUCAAGCUGGAUCUAGUAGCCUUGCUGCCACACAAAGUAGCAAGAAGGUUUCUGACUCGGCACUUCAUCGACUCAUGGGGUAUGAUUCAGCAAGCCAGUUGUUACGUCACAGCAGAGUGUUUGAUGAUGGUUAUGAGAGCUUUGAAUCAAUGGUGCCAGUUUCUGCCAGAGUAUCCAGAAGAAAGAAUAAGUGAGGUCUUGCUCUGAAGUGUGUAACCUUUGGUCCCCCUGCAAUUAGGAUAGGAGGGCCAAACAAUUUUGGAGUAUGUUUCAGCCGUACAAGUCUUUCUUAUGAUCAUGAAGACAAGUAGACACCUUGCCUGCAAAUAGUUUCAGAAGCUUUCCAGAGAACAUAAUGUUAUUUGAAGUAUUUUAGCCUUUCAAAUUCUUUAGUUGUGGUGUACAGACAUUACUUAUUCUUUCUGUAAAUUUUGCCCAUAUUUCACAUCCUACCAUUCGUAAAGAAAUAACUCGUACAUCUUGAAACAAGACUGGGAAAUGGUAAUUCUAGAUAUUAGCUAGAUAUAUACUAAAAUGGUUCUUCC